AUGCAUCCUAGCACGGGUCAAAAGCGCGCUGGUGAUACCCCUGAAAUCGGGGAAAGCUUUGAAGCAUUUGUAGUCACCUGCACACUUUCGGUGUUGAGCACCUCCGCUUCGCUUCGUGCCGAAACCUACGGAGCUUCGUCUCGGUGGCUCGUCUUUUUCUUGCCGGACGGAACAGAGCGCUCGGCAGGUUUUUCUGCAGCGUUCACCAGAACGCGGUGCUCGACUACCGUCACUCGGAGCAAUAACACCAGGAGCGGAGGUCGACACUUUCACGGUAAACAGUAUAUCCAAUUCAAUCAUGUCAAGUCCACUGGUUCGUGUCGUGUGUGCAAGGUUAUGGGUUUCGACCGGACCGAGUACGCAUUGAAAAAUGUUAAUGUUACCGAUCCCUCCCGGCUCGAUAUACACCUUGAAGAAGUAGAGCUUCUCCAACAGCUGCAAGGGAACGACUCCGUUACACGCAUGUACGCGUUUGAGCUCUGCAGGACCAGCUGGCAGUUACACAUACUCUUUGAGUAUGGCGAAAUCAAUUUUGCCAGCUUGCUUUGCCAAGACCAUCUUAACAUCCACAGAAUCAAGUAUUUCUGGAAAAAGCAGAACAUCGUACACGCUGACCUAAAACCCAGUAAUUUCGUCCUGGUGAAGGGCGUAGUUAAAAUCAUCGAUUUCGGUAUUGCCAAGGCUAUCGAUGAAAUCAGAACUUUCGGCACACCGAGCUACAUGGCUCCUGAAGCCGUCACGAACCUCAUGGACACGGCGAUCAAUGACGGCUUAAACGAUAGUGACAUGAUGAUGACCCGUUAA